AACCCAGCCUCGCCUAAACGAAUCUCUACUACAUGUAUACACUUUCUUCCACGGCAUACUCUCUACCAUCCACUUCUCAGAUCAUUCCUAUCCCACAAAGCCGACUUGAUCUCAACAAUGCGUCUCCUCCCCAUCCUCCCCCUCCUCCCCCUAACCCUCGCACACCAAUCUCCCCUCGCCGCAAUCGAUGCAACAGGUCUGACUGUCAAUUCAAUCCCCUACUCAACCCGCGUACACUGGAUGCGUAAAGCCAAUGAAGCAUUGUCUCUCCUCUCCUCACCUUGUCCUUUUGCAGCUUUCGGCACUGUAAUCGUAAAUCACACCGCUGUCACCCCCGAUGGCUUGGGAGAGUUGGUCUGUAUAGGAAUUAAUGAGAAUAGCAAGACUGGGAAUCCUACGUUACAUGGCGAAAUAGCAGCAAUAGCGAAUUGCACAUCCAUCCUCACAGACCCCACUGGACGAUACAACUUCACUGCUUCCCAAGCCCAAUCUGCAUUUUCCAGUCUUUCACUCUAUACGAAUGCAGAAAGUUGCCCCAUGUGCGCUUCUGCUAUCCGAUGGGCUGGGUUCAAAGAAUAUAUCUAUGGUACUUCUAUCGAUACUUUGGUGCAACGUGGUUGGGGUCAAAUCCGCAUCUCUAGUUAUGAGAUUUUCAAGGAAUCGGGAGAUUUACCUUCAAAGACGAAGUUGAUCGCGAAUGUCGCGGUCAACGAGACUGAUCCGUUUUUCCUGUGGCAGUAUGAUCCGGCGUAUCCUUGUCCCGUGGGCUGUCAGAGGGGAGCCCAAGGAGGAUGUGCUGUUGUUUGAUCUGUCAAGAUGUGAGGCCCACGAGAAAGGAGAUGUUGAGCAAAGUGCAGUGAACCCUGCAUUGUGGGAUCGGUGAGCGGGCCUGUAUUUCUGUAAACUGACCGUGGGUUAUGGCCGACACGAAUCUGUAUUCUGACGUCGAGUCUUGGAUUUAUGUAGCUUAUCCAAUGGAGAGCUUGGUGAGAUCUCUUCGCCCGUUUGCAC